AUGGGGGAGUCACCCGACACCAUGGAUGACUAUAUGAUAAUGUCCGAAAGAACCGCAAGGGAGAGUUUGUAUACAUUGUCAAGGGGUGUUGUUGAAACAUUUGGAGACGUGUAUUUGCGGAAACCUUCGUUGCAUGAUUUUCAAGAAUUGUAUGCAACGCAUGAAGAGCGCCAUGGGUUUCUCGGAAUGAUCGAAAGCAUUGAUUGCACACACUGGAAAUGGAAAAAUUGUCCGCAUGCAUUUUUUGGGGUUGCGGGUUCCAACAACGACGUCAACGUUCUUGAUCAGUCGUCAAUAUUCGACGAUCUUUUUAAUGGAAAAGCCUCAGAUGCUCCUUUCACAGUGAAUGGAAACGAAUACAAAUAUGGAUAUUACCUUACAGAUGGAAUCUAUCCUCAGUAUUCUACAUUCGUGAAGGCAUUCCGCCACCCGGUUGAAAAACGAGAUAAAGUUUUUAAGAGAAAACAAGAAGGAGCACGUGAGGAUGUGGAACGUGCUUUUGGAGUGUUGAGGGCGAAGUGGCAUAUAGUCGAACAUCCAGCAUGA